UUUCCUCAACCUGCUUUUCUUAACAGGGGUUCCAUUCCCUUCAGACCCCUUAAUCUUCCUAGUUUGACUUGGGGUGAAAGCUGGUGGCAGGCUGCCGCAACUUGUGCACUGCACCAAUCUUGGCUGUUGAGGGAACAUGGAGAAUUUUCCCUGAACGUAACAAAGCUACAGAGAUCAUAGCUGACAAAGAUAACGCCCCUUACCAACCUGAGCACUUGCACUUGUCAAAUGCCAUUCAGAAGCUCCCAUAGUCGAACUCAAUCGGC